AUGGUUGCAUCUGAGCAUGUUUGUCCGGUUUGCGGCAAGUCCUUCUCGAGGAAGGGAGAUCUGACACGCCAUCGACGAGGUAUUCAUGGAGGGGAAAGGCCCUACGUUUGUCGGGUGUGCUACAAAGCCUUUUCUCAGGCAUCCGGACUUAAGACUCACAAGAAUGUUCACACUGGUGCAAAACCUUUCGCUUGUAAUGUCGACGGUUGCGCCAAAGCCUUUGGUGAUCCAUCGUCGUGCGCACGACAUCGUAAAGAGAUCCAUCGAGAAGCUGAGAGCUACAGCUGUCCCGUUGACGGCUGUAACUCGCGCAUCAAACGUCGAUCCGGUUUCGCAUGUCAUUUGCGAAAGCACGGUUGGGAUACAAACGACUUGGACUUGGACACCUACGCUUCUCGCAAACGGGUCUCCAGGCCGAAACCCUCCGCCGAACUGAGGAAGACGGUGAAACCCGAGCCCGUUUCCGAGCCUGUUUUCUUUACCUCUAUGCCUCUUCCCGCAUAUCACGGUGCUUCACAUGGCAAAUUUGAUACAACUUACUCUACAAUUCCAUACGCGAAUCAUGCCCCCUACCAUGACACUCACUACAAUCAGGUUUCUGUGUAUCUGAACCCACUUCCGAAUAGUUUAUAUUCUGCUGCACCAUCGCGUGCGACUACUCAAACACCCGAUCUAGGAUUUUCUUGCUCCUUCUCUCCCGCCUCCAAUUCUUCACUUCGUCCUACUCCUGAACCUCUUACUACAUUAAAUCCCUUCGAUUUCUCGUCGUUUGACGAUCUGGGCAAUCCAGCAAAAAUGUUCGUGGCGUACAUCGACAACAACUUAUGGCCCCUCGGUGGGAUAGAUCAUACAUUUCCGGGUACAGGAUGGGGAGGGGCAGGACCUGAUGUGGGAAGACUCUAA